AUGAAUUCGAGACACACCGGUAAUCUAAGCGUAGAUGGCGUCCAUGUUGACAUGGAGCAUCUCAAGAAGGGUGAGGUAAAUUUGGGAACUUCCAUUAUGGCAGCAAUCUUUGAUGGCGGUGUUGUCCUUGGCGCCGAUUCUCGAACAACCACCGGAUCCUACAUCGCGAACAGAGUGACAGACAAGCUUACCCAAGUCCACGAUACAAUUUGGUGUUGCCGCUCUGGUUCCGCCGCUGACACCCAAGCCAUCGCUGAUAUCGUCCACUAUCACCUACAGAUGUACAACGUAACAAAUGCUGAGCCACCGGCUACCCGAAUCGCGGCUGCUCUUUUUCAAGAGCUUUGCUACGACAACAAAGAUAACCUGAGCGCCGGUAUUAUUAUUGCAGGCUACGACAAGCGUCAUGGGGGGGAAGUUUACUCCAUUCCUCUGGGUGGUUCACUCCACAAGCAGCGCUAUGCCAUUGGUGGUUCCGGUUCAACAUACAUCUACGGUUACUGCGAUGCCAACUGGAAAGAGAAUUUCACUGAGGGCGAGUGUGUAGAAUUCGUCAAGGGAGCGUUAUCAGAGGCCAUCAAAUGGGAUGGAAGCUCCGGAGGCGUCAUCCGAAUGGUUGUACUCACUGGUAGAGGUGCUGAGAGAAAGAUUUUCUUCCCGGAUGAAAACUACGCGGGUGAUGGUAAAUAG